CCUGAUGACCUUCCAUCAGCCAGAGUAUCAUGGUCCUCUACGGCAGGCAUGGCAUUACUGGAUACGACACGGAAGUUGGAAUAGUCAUCUCUAUCAGAUGACAGAUCUGGUCGCCGCACUUACCCUGGCGGGCGCUAGUCUCGAAGACCAAGACGAGAUAUAUCCUCGAACUACGGCUGUUGUGAGAGCGGCAGAAGAUGGAGUCUGGAACGGAGGUGCAUUGUGCGCUUUGAUAAACGCCGGUGCCGAUGUUGAAGGUCCUCGAGGAUCAUCGAAGGAUACUGUUUGCUCAAGUUCUCCAUCAAUGGGCCAGGAUCACAGGCCCACGACUUGCCUAUACGGACUCAUACCUCUACGUGCUGCAGAAAAUAGUAUCAAAGAUGACAUCUCUAGACAUUCGGAAUGAUUUCGUCGAAGAGACUCCUCUUCACUUACUGGUUACGAUAUACCACUCCGAGGAAGAGUUCCGGUCCGCCUGUGAUAUCUUCUUUGCCCAUGAUCCCCCACCAGACGUGAAUCUGGGCGAUCGACAAGGCCUUACUCCUCUGCUAAUAGCCGCGGACACGAACCAAGUCACGCAGGAUCCCGAACAACGUUUAUUUUAUCUAAUCGCCAAAGGGGCUGAUCUCGGAGUCCGGACCAGAGAGGAUAAGGAUGUCUUCUGCCUCUUAGCCAACAACAAGACUCUCAGCGACCAGCAGAGUCAUGAUAUUAUUUAUCGGUUACUGUCACAUCUGGCGGAUCUUGAAGGUUGUAGUAUCCCACAGGCGUACAAAAAGCACUACCUUCCGCACGAGGGUGCCAUCCUCACCCUCAACACGGCGGCGAUGGCGGGAAGAGUGAAAACCACCUCCCACCUACUAGAUGUCGGACUCGACGAGGCCAUCAACAAUCCGAUAAACCUGAGAGACCCUACUACCGUCCUGGACAGCGCCAUUUCAUCAGCAGCGCGGAGCCGACACAUGCAUCUCGAUCUUCUGGCGGCCUACAGUCCAGGGGCCCCACGAGCCCGUGCGCUCGCGGCCCAGACGGUGUACGAUCCGCGUCAAGGACCACCGACGCGCGCUGCUGAGGCUUACACGGGACUCCCAGAAGUCCUGCAGCUCUUACGCGCCCGUGGUGCAAAGCGGGCUAUUGAGCUAAUGCCAUCCACUCAUUCCGAAGUGAGUCCGGAUCAUCCUGAUGUCUGGGAUAUCACCCAGAUGUACUGGAUUGGGUUCGCCCCGGGAACACAGCCAAAUAGAGAACGCUGGGGGGCUGUUUAUCAGCUAUCUCGUCUACCCUCGGUAGGCUGGCGAGAGACGGUCGUCGAUGGUCUCAGAGAGAUGUACCAGUUCGACUUGUGGUGGCCCGAUCUAGCCAUGCUUGAGGCUACCAUCAACCUCGUCAAUAAGCAGGAUAAGGCCCUCGCUUCUGGUACAGUACCGAUGUCGCCCACGGUUUCUUCCGAUACAAGUACGGAGGUAGUAGACGUUGAGCUGCUUAGGCACAUGUUGCGGAUGCUCAUUACCGCAAGACCCAACGCCGACGAUGUCCAGACAACUGAUGAGAUUAGUGAUGAUUCCACGCCCAUGACCAAGUGGAUCAGGAUUCGCGAGGGGCGAAAGUAUGAUCGCAGUCCUGCGUCCUCGGGUGAGCAAAUACCCGAAGUGGAACUGGCGUGGAGAGACACUGGAUUCCGGCUCGGUCAGAAGCGCGUGCGUCAGGUUAAUUAAAAGAAGAUAAGUACCCGUAUGGGCGUGAUCUAGCAUCUCACAUUCGUCUUGCAAAUAAGAUGAUUAACUUAAAGAAAAUUCCCAAUUGCAG